AUGGGAUUUUACAUGGAAGAGAAAUUAUAAUAGGCCAAAAAUCUUUAAGAUGGUCUAUUUAAAAAUGAAUAACUUGUAUAUGAAUUCUGGCUGGUAUAAAAUUAAACAAAAUAAAUAAUCUAAAAGUAGGAAUAGUCGAUGAAUAGAUUCAUAGAUAAGUGA